AUGGCGACGGUCCCGUUAAAAAUGCUCACUCAGUCGUGUUAUCUCACCAGAACUGAUCCCUGGAACACCGAGAAGGAGCAUCACAUUCUUACCACAGAUCGGUCCCUCCUGAUCUGCAAAUACAACUUCAUCAGCCUGCAGUGCCAGCAUGUGGCGAAGAUAGCCCUCGGCGCAGUGGAUACCAUCUCUGUGGGAGAGUUUGAGUUCCCACCUAAGUCUCUGAUCACGUGAGAAGGUAUCAGCAUUUGAAUUCAGUGGGACGAGCAAAGUGGUGCCUCCUUCAUCAACAGAUGGAACCCGUGGUCCACAAACAUCCCGUACGUCACCUUUACCAAACAUCCAACGGCAGGCACUUAUGAGAAGAUUGCAUCCCUUUGCCUAUUGGAAAACUUUAAACCUCAGCUAAUUCAAGCUGUGAAGAAAGCCCACAAGGAGUGGCCCUUGCCAGGAAGGACAUUGCUAGAGCAUCCUUUUCUGAUCGAGGCCUACCUGGGAUCGAUGUCCUUCAUCGACAGUAAGGCCAAAUGUGGCUAUGCCUGA